AAAAGGACUAUAUAUAAACCCAAAGCUCUCCACUCUUCAAAUCUCUCUUUCCUACCUUAACAAACCAAUCAUAAUAAUAAAUGGGAAAUUGCUGCCGCCGGGGUUCGUCGUCUAUGGUUUGGGCCGGCGACGAAUGGGAGUCGUCGAUGGCCUCCGAGAAGGAGGACGAGCAGCCAGCGUUCGAUAAGCAACGGAUUCUCAGCCAUCUAAAGGCUUCUUCCUCUUCAUCUUCAAGAUCCUUCUCGGGAUUGAGCGGUGGAGGUUCAACAUCGACUACUGAGGUGAAGAUAAAGAUCACGAAGAAGGAGCUCGAGGAGCUGCUGGGGAAGGCCGACGUGCAGAACUUGAGCUCGGAGCAGGUUUUUUCCCGUCUGAUAAAUGCGAGCAACGGCCGCUACACCGUUCACCAGCAUGAUCACUGGAGGCCCGGGCUGACGAGCAUUCCGGAGGUGAACUAGAUUUCCACCUGAACAUGAUGAGGUCCCUUUCGGCGGUUUAGAGCAUUUGAGAGAUUGUGACCAGUUGUGUAUACCUUUUUUUUUUUCUCUCUCUCUCUCUCUAUUCAUUAAUUGAUUCAUAUUCAUAAUGGUGAACAUCUAUGAUUAAUUGUAGGAUUUUGGAGUGAUGUUUGUGGGGUAUGAAAGUUUUGCCAGAAAUCUCUAUUUUUGCUUAUGCUAAAGCAAGUACUUUUAAUAGAUGGAAAAAAAAAAAGCGAGUACUUCUAUUUGAGUA